AUGGUUGCCUUCCCGUCCCGGGAGGCCGUCACGGCGGCUUUCCAGUCCCGUCAUGCCUUCCACGAGUUUAUUAAGGCACCCGUCGGCAACGGUGACGAGGUCCUCAUCGGCGAUGAGAAGUGGACAAACCGCGAUCUUGAGCCGACGCCUCCGCGGGAGCGGACUUGGGACUGGUACAACCUGCCAUUGUACUGGUUUACUGCCGCCUUCUCCGUCACUGGAUGGAACGUCGCGUCCUCCCUGAUCGCCGUCGGCCUGACAUGGCAACAAGCCUUCGCCUCGGCCGUGAUAGGCUCCAUCAUUGCCGCAGUCGCCGUCGCCUGCAUGGCCAGACCUGGAGUCAUGUACCACGUUGGCUACCCCUGCGUCGCGCGUUCAUGUUUCGGCAUGUACGGCUCGUACUUUUUCAUCGCGAUCCGCGCCGGCGUCUGCAUUAUCUGGUACGGCAUCCAAAGCUUCUACGGUGCCAACCUCGUCUCGCUUUGCUUCCGGUGCAUCUUCGGCGACAGCUGGAAGAACUGGCCCAACACGCUGCCUGCAUCAGCCAACGUCACUUCCAAGCAGCUGCUUGGAUUUUUCCUCAUGUGGCUGAUUGAGUUUCCAUUCAUGUUCGUCCACCCGAGCAAGAUUCAGCUGCUCUUCACAAUCAAAGGCUUUACCAUGCCAGCAGCAGCCUUUGGGCUCUUCGGCUGGUGCAUGGCAUACGGCACUGGUCUGAGCAGUCUCGACCUGGCCAAUGCUGGUGGUGUCAAGGCUGCUGGCGCGAGAGCCAUCGGCUGGAACAUCAUGUCGGGUAUCAAUGUCAUUCUGGGCACAUUGUCGCCGAUGGUCAUCAACCAACCAGAUCUCGCUCGGUACUGCAAGAAGCCCUGGCACGCUGGAUCUCUGCAGGGCGUUGCCGUCUUCGUCACCAAGAUUCUUGUGUUCUUCCUCGGCCUGGCGAGCACUGCGUCGAUCCAGGGUGCUUGGGGCAAGGCCUACUGGAAUCUGUGGGACCUCCUUGAUGCCAUCCUCGACCACUAUUGGACCCCGGCAGCCCGCGCGGGUGUCUUCUUCGUCUCUUUUACGUUCCUGUUCGGAGUCCUCGGUACCAACUUCGGUGCAAACAGCAUUCCGUUCGGCGCCGAUCUCAACGGUCUGUUCCCGCGGUACAUGACCAUCAAAAGAGGCCAGGUUCUCUGUGCCGUUCUCGGUAUCGCUGUUGUUCCUUGGAAGCUUCUUGCGAACGCGCAGGCAUUCCUGUCUUUCCUGGGCAGCUACAACAUCUUCAUGGCGCCACUCUGUGCAGUCGUUAUUACCCACUACUGGGUCGUCCAAAAAGGCAACAUCCACGUGCCGUCUCUCUACGAUGGCACCAAAGGCGCGACAUACUGGUACUGGGGCGGUGUCAACUGGAUUGCUUGCUUCGCCUUUGCAGCCGGUGUCUCAUUCGGUCUGCCCGGUCUCGUGGCGAAUUACCAGCCGCAGGCUGUCAGCGAUGCAGGCAAGAACAUGUACACACUAGGCUGGAUCCUGACAUUUACUGCGUCGGCCGUAGGGUACUCCGUGCUCACGUACUUCAUCAAGCUCCGCAUUGUGCCAGCUGCAUUCGAGUCUGUGCCGAUGGGCUACGAGUAUCUCGGCAAGGAAGGGCGAGAUGGGUUCUUCGAUGGCGAGAGGACAGUGUCUGACGGCUCCCCGGUCAUGUCGAGCAGUCCGGUCAUGACCAUGGAGAAAGGCGAGAAGCAGGACGUCUAG